AUGGACCUAGCGCUAUCCGAGCUCGCCACCCACAAGGCCGAGCCAACGCCAAGCAAUAUAUUCAAGUCCUACAUGCGUCUCGCGGGCUACACCGAGCUCUGCAGGGAGGCGGUCCACUCGUUCGAGCGCGCGAUGGAGAAGUACCCGUGCGACAAGUCCGUCGUGGGCGUCGCGAUGGAGAACAUCCGCCGGGAAUACUGGGCGAACAAGCUUGGCCUGAAGAAGCCUGGGGACCUGGUCGAGUAUUUGGACGGGGGAGAGGACGAGCGGAAGGGGCACCUAGAGCCCGAGCCUGAGCCACAACCCACAAGGCGCAGGAAGAAGCGAACCGCGAAAACUAAGAUGAUCAAGACGGUCCGCGCAGUGAAGCAUACCCGUCCUAGUUCACCCUCCGGGGAGAGCGAUGCUGCCUCAAGCUCGACCAGCGGCUCGAGUCAGCAAAUCUAAUGGAAACAUUGAUUCGAUAUUCGGACUUCGCUUGUUCUUGGUGGAUGUAUCGAUAGUAGUCUCUUCAGUAUUUGUAUUUUAUGUGCCGCAAAGUGUGUAGUGGCCAGUGAUUUUC